AUGCGCUGGAUCCCUAGCGCUGCCCCGUGUCGCGUCCACUCCAAUGACACCCCCCCUCUCCUCCAACAGGCUGACCUGGACGCGGGCAAGAACGGCAAGGUCAUUGUGGACGGCAGCGAGGUGGAGAUCACGCCCUCCAUGGUGGACAUCAAGCGGCAGCAGAAGCGGCUGGCGGGCCGCUCCUUCGUCCCCUCGGUCAUCGAGCCCUCCUUCGGCAUCGGCCGCAUCCUGUACUGCAUCUUCGAGCACUCGUACUACACCCGCGAGGACGACGAGACGCGUGCCGUGCUGCGCUUCACGCCGGUGGCCGCCCCUGUGAAGGCCACGGUGUUUCCCCUGGUCCAGAAGGAGCAGCUCAACGCCCUGGCCACCAAGAUCAGCGCGGGCCUCACCGCCGCGGGCCUCAGCAACCUGGUCGACACCACUGGCAACACCAUCGGCAAGCGGUACGCGCGUACCGACGAGAUCGGCGUGCCGUUUGCUGUGACGGUGGACUUCAAGGCGCUGGAGGACGGCAGCGUGACAGUGCGCGAGAGGGACAGCACGUCGCAGAUCCGUGUGCCCAUUGCAGAGGUCGCUGACGUCAUCCGGCGGCUGGUGCACGGCUCCGCCGCCUGGACUGAGAUUGCUGCGGCUUACCCGGCAGUGGAGAAGGCGGCGGCCGCGGAGGAGCAGUAA